AUGCCCCGAUCAUCAAUCUUCUCGAGCGAAUACUCACGCGGCCCACUGUACCAGUACUGGAAAGAGCGCAGCACGGAGGAGAAGGCGACGCGGGAGCAACGCAUCGAGGAGGCGAGGCUGCGCGCCCGGGGCUUCCAACCGCUCUCACCGGCGUCUGGCCCCUCAAGUCACGACUCGUAUGUCCGGCGUGCCACAAGUGGGCCGCCCGGGUAUAUCGCCGCUACGAACGGUGGUGGAAGUGGCAGUAGUCCUGGAGAGGGAGAUGGGGAUGUGAUCGAUGAGGGAAUCUUACCAGCGUCCUCCGCAAAUCCAUUACUGGCGACGAUCCGAGGGACAUCCAUUCGUGCCGCCGAGGCUGACUUCCUACCCUCAUAUGACGCCGCAACAUCAAUAUCAAUAGCAGCAACAGCAGCCUCCUCAUCAUCCGCCAGCAACGCCGUUCCUGUUCCGCGCAGCUCCAACGAUCAAAACCCACCACCACCUCAAGAUCCAGACCAAGACGGCCGCCUCCUCAACGCCACGGAAGAAAAAGCCCGCCUCGCGCACCUCGACUCCCAGCGCCGGGAAAUCGAGCGAGACGCCACGUUGGCGCGGACAUUGUCUUCGCCUGCAAGUGUCCUCCCGCCAGCUCCAUCAGCCAGUAUCACACCUUCGACGUCGACGUCAGCCGCGGCACUCGAUGGCGACGCCGAUGUUGGGUCGCGGUAUGCGUCGAUCGUCAACGAUACUUCUGACGAACCGGAGCCUGUGCCAGCGUCAAGGAGGAAGAAGAGUACGGCGGGAAAGGUCGGGCGAUGGCUUGCGGAUGCGGCGACCGGGUACACGAAGCGGCAAGAGCGGUUUUGA